UGGUGAGACUGUUUCCAUAGGCUACAGUUGCCCACGGUCCGUAAAAAAGAUACGGACCGUGACAGUUGCCUACCUGUUAAUUGUUAAAUAAUUUUUCCGCAGUUUAGUUAGUGCAGUGCGAAUAUUUUGAUAUUUAGGUUAGGUAAACAUUUUUCAGAAUUUAAUAUGAGAAAUAUAGAAAUAAAGGCAUAUGCAAGAAAUUUACAGUUGUUAAUUAAAAACGUGAGGUUCAUUAGUAAAUCCGAUGGCCAAAUAAUUAAACAGCACGACACUUUCUUUAAAGUUCCCCAGGGCCGGUUAAAACUAAGAAAAUUUGAGGAGGGAAAUGCUGAACUAAUCUACUAUGAGAGACCCGAUACGGAAGGCCCUAAAUUGAGCUCUUUUGAGAAAACAAAUAUUUCUAAAGAGAAUGUGGAUAGUCUUUGUUCUGUUCUGGCAAAGGCUUUAGGAACAACCGUUAUCGUCAAAAAAGUCCGACAACUAUUUCUAGUUGAUCAGACUAGAAUUCAUGUAGAUUCUGUCGAGGGAUUAGGAGAUUUCUUAGAAUUUGAGGUUGUUUUAAGACCAGACCAAAGUCCAGAAGAUGGGGAGAAAAUAGCAUUUGAUCUGAUGAAGCAGUUGGAAGUUAAAGAAGAAGACUUAAUAUCAACUGCUUAUGCUGACCUACUAAAUAGAUAAAUCAGAAAAUUAAAUGGUGAAAUGGACUAUAAUUUUAAGAUUUAUUACUUUUAAUUUCCACGUCUAGAAAUAGAAAAAUAUUUUAAAAUUAGAGA